AACCCUGAAUAGCUGAAUCCAGUUUACUGAAUCCUGACAAUGGAGUCUUUGUUAGGGUUUAAGGAGUCAUACCUUAACGACGUUGAGGAUCAAAAAUCACAGGGCUUGAAGUUGGUGCCUUGGUUAACCUGGGAAGAGUGGAGUUUCAUUGGAGAUUCCCUUUUCUCUUCUUCUCCACUUUCCGUUGAUUCUGCUCUUCGAAGGAUUUCGACAUGGAGGAACAGAGGAUGCAUUCCAGUCGCCGUCGACGUUACCGCUUCAAUCAUCGAAAUUCAGCAGAAAGAUCCAUAUUUCAGAGAUGAUGUACCCAAAAGAGUGCAGCUAUCGGAAGGAAUGCUGGCUAUGCUAUAUUCUAUGGCAAUUACCAGGUUAGUAAAUGGAGUUAUUGAGAAGAACCGCAAGAAGAACGAGCUUUCAAUAGCUGAGGCAGCUUAUGCAAUUGGCAUCCCCCGUAUGCUGAUUGAUGUCCGCCAUGAGGGUUCUCAUCGUGAUCUUCCUUCGCUCCAGUUGGUCCGCCUUGCCUCUACAAAGGCACUUCGUUGGUUGCAAUCAUAUUACUGGGAGCCUCAAAAAAGCGCCAUUCAGAGCAGUCAACCCACCAAACUUCAGAAGGAAACAAGUGACAGAUUAAAUGAAUUGGCUUUUUAUUUGAAAGAAAUACAGACUGCCAGAUCAAGUUCUCUUGCCAAGGAAAACCGUGUUAGACAUCCAGGUCAAUUCUUUGGAUUCAACAAAUUUCUUCCUUUUGUAGCUGGGAAGCCUUCAUUUUCUAAAUCAUCAGGUCCUAAGAAACAGGUUACCAAAUCUUUGAAAUAUAUUCUUCGGUUGUAUUCUUCGUCGUCUUCAGAAGUGGUGUCAGUGCUUUUGGAACUGUUGCUUAAGGCAUUAGAUUCCUUGCAUUUAGCUGAUGGAUCAGAUUCUGGUCAAACUAUCCAAGGAAACAUUAGUAUGCAUGCUGUAUUUGAUCACUGGAAACCAGUCAUCACAAAAUUGUCUAAUAAAGCACCAGACUUGCUUAUUACACUUCUUAGAGGAAUCCUUGAUAAAAUUGAGAUACAUGGAGCCACAGAAUUGCUAAGUGGUGACUGCCAUUCAUUGGAUAAUGUAACAGUGCCUCGCCAAAUUCAACUGCUUUCUUACCUGUUUGAAUGGCUAAUUGAAAAUCUGAAGACCCUGAGGCAUGUACAUGAGAAAAGAUCUGUAUCAGAAACUGGAGAUUCUUCAAAUAACCAAAUUCUGGCCAAGGCUACCCUACAGGACCUUUUAUGCAAAUGCCUCGUGUUGUCCUCUCAUGGCAACAAGCAACUGAUGGCUUCAUCCAUAGUUCUUGCACGUCUAAUGGGGAAGAACUCUUUACGUGAUAAACUUAAAACGCUCUCUUUGCUGAGCGUAUUUGAUGCAGAUGUUAAUGAAUCAGACUCUCCUAAUGUACAUUCAGAAAGCUUCCUCUCCAGGCAAGAAGAAUCCCUUAGUCAAGCUGGAAAGAAGCUUCAGUUGAUUAAACUAAAAUCAAUGAAGAGCAACAAGGUAAACAAAACUCAAAACCAUGCCGGUGUUCGUAGACAAUGGGUUGUCACAGAUAAUUGGAGACCAUGUCCUAUAGGUAUGUUACCUCAUGCUUUCAGUUCUUCAGGCCGCCUACCUAUUCUUGAUUGCAAUGCUAAUUGCACCGAAGUUUCCAAAUCAUCAAAUCCAAAAGAAUGCCAAGUAUCAAAUGAAAAUCACAGCAAGAGGGUGGCUGAAUCUGCUAUUGAAUGUUUAGACAAUUCCCAUCAUAAGAAAAUGAGGGAAGCUGAGCUUCCCGCUCACCCAAUCGAUCGAGAGAUGGCAGAGACAGAAAGCAGCCAUGACACAUCUGCAGCAGGUAUAGAAGGAUGUCUGAUGAUUGGUGGUGAGUGGAAGAAAGUUACUGCAGAUGAGUUGCAAGCCAUUGCAUCAUCUGUGAGGAUGUUAGUUUAGCCACUCUUUUCGUCUCAUUUUAUUUGUUUGAUUCUUUUUAGUCUAUCUUUAAAAAAAAAAAAAAAAAAAAAAGAGAAAUGACAAAUUUAGUCCAUGAAUUAUAGGAAAAUAGUACUUUUUGCAAGCUUGUUUCUUGAUCUUUCCUUCCAAUGUCAAUGGAAAUUUUCAAAUCCUUGUUUUGCCAUUCAUCAAUUGUUUUGGUAGAUUUGAGAGCUUUUUGAGUCUGUUGAGUUUUUUCUAAGGCUGUUCAAUUUCAUUAUUACCAUACUUGUUUCUUUA